GCCGGGAGCCCCGCGCCUCAACCCCCAGCCCACGGGCGGGGCACGCGGGAAGGCCGAGGAUUCCGUGGCCGCGGGCGGGCACGCCCCGCCCUCUCCCGCGCCGGGCCCGCCCCCUCCCCGUCCCCCGCCCAUCCCGAGGUGCAGCCGGCGCUGAGCGCGGCAGGCGCGGGAGCUGGCGCUGGAGCCGGAGCGGCGGCGGCGGCGGCGGCGGCAUUCACGGGGCGGCGGCGGCGGCGGCGCGGGCUCCGGCACGGGCUCGGGCUCCGGCAUGGUGCAAUCCGGCCUCGUCCCGGGAGAGCGGGGCCCGCGUGCGGGGCCGGCGCCGGGGGAGCGGCGGCAACGACGGUGGCGGUGGUGGCUGCAGGCGCAAGCAGGCGGCAGGUGCUAGAAGCGGGGCUGGGCGAGGUGUGUGCCCGCUGGGCUCCGGGGCCGCCGCUCCCUCGCUGCCCCCAUCUUUCCCUCUCUUCGGGAUUCCCAGCGUGUCCAGCCCCCUGUCUCCGCGCCCCGGCCCAUGGCGCCCCGCGGUUGAGCCGGCGCCGCCAGGGACCCCUCCCGCGGGCCUCCCCGGGGCGCGCAGAUCCCGGAGCCGCCCGCCCACCCUCCGCGGAGUCUCCCUCCCUUCCUCGCCCGAGCCGGGCGGGACCAUGGCUGCUAAGCUGCGAGCGCAUCAGGUGGACGUGGACCCGGACUUCGCGCCGCAGAGCCGGCCGCGCUCGUGUACCUGGCCCCUGCCGCAGCCCGACUUGGCCGGCGACGAGGACGGAGCGCUGGGUUCAGGGGUGUCUGAGGGCGCCGAGGACUGCGGGCCGGAGCGCCGGGCUACGGCCCCGGCGAUGGCCCCAGCGCCGCCGCUGGGCGCGGAGGUCGGACCGCUGCGGAAAGCGAAGAGCUCCCGGCGGAACGCGUGGGGGAACCUGUCCUACGCCGACCUCAUCACCAAAGCCAUCGAGAGCGCCCCGGACAAGCGACUCACGCUCUCGCAGAUCUACGACUGGAUGGUCCGUUACGUGCCCUACUUCAAGGAUAAAGGCGACAGCAACAGCUCGGCGGGCUGGAAGAACUCCAUCCGGCACAACCUGUCGCUGCACACCCGUUUCAUCCGCGUGCAGAACGAGGGCACGGGCAAGAGCUCCUGGUGGAUGCUGAACCCCGAGGGCGGAAAGACAGGCAAGACCCCGCGGCGGAGGGCCGUGUCCAUGGACAACGGGGCCAAGUUCCUGCGCAUUAAGGGCAAGGCGAGCAAGAAGAAGCAGCUGCAGGCACCUGAGCGAAGCCCCGAUGACAGUCCCCCAGGCGCGCCAGCCCCGGGGCCCGUGCCUGCCGCUGCCAAGUGGGCCACCAGCCCGGCCUCGCACGCCAGCGAUGACUACGAGGCGUGGGCCGACUUCCGCGGCGGCGGGAGACCCCUGCUCGGGGAAGCGGCCGAAUUGGAGGACGACGAGGCCCUGGAGGCCCUGGCGCCGUCGUCCCCGCUCAUGUACCCGAGCCCGGCGAGCGCGCUGUCGCCCGCGCUAGGUGCGCGCUGCCCCGGGGAGCUGCCCCGCCUGGCCGAGCUGGGGGGCCCGCUGGGCCUGCACGGGGGCGGCGCGGGGCUGCCCGAGGCCCUGCUGGACGGCGCGCAGGACGCGUACGGGCCGCGGGCCCGGGCGGGGACGCCCGCCUACUUUGGCGGCUGCAAGAGCGGCGCCUACGGCGGGGGCGGGGGCUUCGGGCCUCCGGCGCUGGGCGCGCUGCGCCGCCUGCCCAUGCAGACCAUCCAGGAGAACAAGCAGGCCAGCUUCGCGCCGGCCGCCGCGCCCUUCCGCCCGGGGGCGCUGCCCGCGCUGCUGCCGCCGCCGCCCGCGCCCAGGCCCGGCCCGGUGCUGGGCGCGCCCGGGGAGCUGGCGCUGGCGGGAGCGGCCGCCGCCUACCCUGGCAAGGGCGCGGCCCCGUACGCGCCGCCGGUGCCCUCGCGCAGUGCCUUAGCCCACCCCAUCAGCCUUAUGACGCUGCCCGGCGAGGCGGGCGCCGCGGGCCUGGCGCCGCCGAGCCACGCGGCCGCCUUCGGGGCCCCGCCCGGUGGCCUCCUGCUGGACGCGCUGCCGGGGCCGUACGCGGCCGCUGCCGCCGGGCCGCUGGGGGCCGCGCCCGACCGCUUCCCGGCCGACCUGGACCUCGACAUGUUCAGCGGGAGCCUCGAGUGCGACGUCGAGUCCAUCAUCCUCAACGACUUCAUGGACAGCGACGAAAUGGACUUCAACUUCGACUCGGCCCUGCCUCCGCCGCCGCCUGGCCUGGCCGGGGCCCCGCCCCCCAACCAGAGCUGGGUGCCGGGCUGAGGGCCGCCUUCCCUCGCCCCCGGGCGCCCCGCCCCGCCCCCAAGGGGCUUCUGUCUUCCCGUCCUGAUCCCCUGGGCCCCAUCCCCAUUCCAGCUUCACGGGGUGGGGUGGGGUGGGGGGAUCCGGGAGGCAGCCCCAGGUCUGCUAGAGAA